AUGGAUUCACUUUAUUAUUCGGCUCCUCGACCGUACAACAAAUAUCCACGCGGUUAUCGUCCGAUUCACGAAAGUAAUACCGAUUUGUCAUUAACAACAUCGCGACGACUUCGACCAUCAAGCAGUUGGUCGUCUUUUUCUCAAACAACUUGUGCUGGUCUGCAAUCGCCUGACCACACGAACAAAAACAAUAAUAAUACUUGGCAAGAGGACUUCUCUCGUCGGCCAUUUCGAACUGAAAGUUCUUCGACAUUAUUCGACAAUUAUUUAUCGCCUAGAGAAUUAUCGCCCUUUUCAACUUCUAGUGAAUAUUGCAAUUUGAAUAGUUCUAGUAAUAUGGCAUAUAGCGGAAGUAAUGUACAAAGUCCUGUUCCUGAUUAUCCAAGAUGCUAUGAUAAUGUGCCAAGACCUCCAACAAGUUAUGAACAGCGAGAGAAUGAUUUUUUGCGAAAUCUUCAACGACAAAAAGAGGUAUCUUACUCAAAUUCUACCCCAAGGCAAGAUAUGUCAGCUAGUUGGUAUGGGCAAGAUCAUGGGCAGAAUCAACCAAGAAGAUUAGCUAAAACUCAAUCAGAAACAGGAUUUGACUACAACCCAACUUCUAAUUAUGCCUCUCACAAUGUUUCAAACAACAAUCAUCGAAUGGAUGGGUUUUUCCGAAAUCGGGUUAUUGAACCGAGUUGGAUGACAGACCCACCACCACCAAAAUCUUUCCGCGAAGAAUAUAUUAUCCGCAAUAAUCAACCAGUUCCGGCAAAUAAUUCAAGCUUCGAAAGAUUCCGAUUAGAUCCAUCGUAUCGGGAGCCAACAUCGGUUACAAUUCAUAGUCAGGAGCCAACAAAUUUCCGAAGUUAUCAUCGAGAUGAUCACAUGCAGCCUCGAGCACAUCAACAUCAACUUGGCCCACAGACUUUGUCGAAUCCAGUGUUUGAUCGUGAACCUGUCAACCAUCCUUAUCAAAAUGUACCAAACAAUUCGCAAAUUUAUAAUGAACGUCAUAAUAACCGAAACUCUGCCAUAUAUCCGAGUGACCCAAUUCCAUUGAGCCAUAAUCGUGUGCUUCAUAUUCAUUCAACUCCUAAUCAAGAAUCAUUAUACUCACAUCAACAUUCUAAUCCAAUUUCGAAUUAUCAACAAAACACCAAUACCUAUCCAAUGCAACGUGCUCGGAUUCAAUCACCACUACGAGAUUAUGCUAGAUUAACAUCACCAAAUCGUGAAACAAUCGUCGAUGUUCAUCAUAACCAUCAUAGGGAACCUAAAGAAAUUGAUGAUCGGAUUUUUAGCCCAGUUGAAUCUAAAGUCUAUAAUCGAAAUGGUCCAACAGUUAUAAAUGGAUUCACAAGUAAUCGACACACUUAUAAUAGUCACACUGAUGAUUAUGAUGCUAGAAAUCGUCGAGAUUCUUCACAACCUCCAGUGGCUGUCAUUGAGCCAAAUAUCAAUGUAAAUAUGCCAAUUGAUCCAAUUCCUUAUACCAAACCACAUCUUGGACAUGGCCAUAAUCACGGGCAUACUCGAAAACCUGAUCAACGAUAUUCUAGACAAGAAUUAUCUCCCGUUUCAAAUUAUGAUAAUGAAGAUAGUGAUUUGGAUAUUGAGGAGUUGGCUAGAAAAGCGCUCCCAAAAUAUCUUCGAGAUUCUACCCCUUCAUCUAAAUCUGAUUAUUAUCGUGAUAACCUUCAAGGAAUUCUGAUCAAAAAUCCAUCCAUCCAUCGUUCAUCCUCAAAAAAAGUUGUUUUCAUUGAUCAAGACAAAGGUUUUUUUCAAAAAAAAAAAAAAAAAAGAAAAACAACAUAUGAUAAAUAUGUUUUUUAUUUUCAGCAUCCGCCGGCAGCAAGAUUCCUCCAGAUGUUCAAGCAUAUGAUUCGGCGAUCGGUGAUCUUAUUGAAUCUUGGUCGCAAGUUUCGGAUAAAAUUGGAGGCGAUGUUAUCACAGCUGUAUGUUUUUUUUCAAGGGAAAUUUUCAAGUUAUAGCAAAUUCAUGAAAGCCUUUCCGAAAACUUCAUAUAAACUUUAACCCAGUUAUUUCAACACUAACUUACAUAUUUUCAGAAAGCCAAAGUUCUCAAGACAUUCGAUCAAUUCCGUAACUUCUUAUGGUUCGCCGCUGGAAAUGCCAAACCAUCAGACGACGAAGUCAAUAAAAUGAUUGGAAAAAUUGGAGAAAGUAUGCAAGAGAUUACUGAUUUCAAAGAUUCGAAAAGAAACACUCCACAAUUCAAUCACUUGAGUGCAAUUGCCGAAACAAUGGGUGCUCUUGGAUGGGUUAUGUCAAAAACACCAGCUCCAGUAAUCAAAGAUUAUAUCGAGGCAUCGAUGUUCUUCGGAAAUCGAAUCAUGAAAGAGUUCAAAGAAAGUGAUCCAAAACAAGUUGAAUGGAUUAAUGCUUGGAAAAGUAUUUUCGAAGAAAUGCAAAAGUUUGUGAGACAAGUUCAUACAACUGGUCUUAUCUGGAAUAGCUCACCAGGAAGUGCUCCACCAACAUCUUCAGGAUCUGCUGCUGCCCCACCUGCACCAAAAGGUCCUGGAGGUCCACCUCCACCACCUCCACCACCAAUUCCAUCUGAUUUGUUUGCCAAUUUGCCGCCAGCACCAUCUAACACUGACAAAUCCAAUCGCGAUGCUUUGUUUGCUGCUUUGAAUAAAGGAGAAGCUAUUACUUCGGGAUUGAAGAAAGUUACCUCAGAUAUGCAAACACAUAAAAAUCCAGGACUUCGUGGAAAUGCUGCUGCACCGGCGACUGCUUCAAAGGCUGCCGCUUCACCAGCAAAACCAGCUCAACCAGUUAGAAAACCAGCGAGAAAAGAACUUCAAGAUGGAAAACAAUGGAAUGUGGUAAGUUUUAGAAUACUUGUUUCAUAGAGAAAAUAAAAGGCGGAUUUUUUUUUCAUAAAAACAAAAUAUUCAGAAUUCAAUUCUUUUCAAAUAUUCUGAUUUUUUAGUUAUCAAACUUGAAAAAUGUUUCAUAUCAUCCAUUUUUUUCAGGAAUAUUUUGUCAACGACAACAACAUUGUCAUCGAUGUCGCUGACAAAAAACAAACAAUCUAUGUGUUCCGCUGUGAAAAUAGUGUGAUCAAAGUCAACGGAAAAGCCAACUCUAUCACUUUGGAUGGUUGUAAAAAGACAUCGAUUGUUUUUGACGCGCUGGUCGCUCAAUGUGAAACUAUCAAUUGUCAAAGUGUUCAAAUUCAGGUAUUUAUUUAUAUUUUUCGAUAUUUUUUGAUGAUAAUUCGAUUACGAUCAUUAUCAAAAUUAUCAGUUUAAACAAAAUAUAUACAAUUAAAGAUCACAAUUUUUAGACACUCGGUGAGCUGCCCACUCUUUCUAUCCAAAAAACUGAUGGAUGUCAAGUCUAUCUCUCAAAAGUUGCUCAAGGAUGCGAGAUUAUCACGUCGAAAUCGAGUGAGAUGAACAUUCUGGUACAAACAACAGACGAAGGAGACUACGUAGGCAUUUUUUCUUGACCUUUUGAUUUUUCUCUCUAAAAAAAACAAAAAACUUAUUUUAGAACGAAUUCCCGGUGCCAGAACAAUUCAAAACAACAUUUGUCAAUGGAAAACUUGUCACAACUGUUUCAGAUAUUGUCUAA